GUUACACCAACCAGUAGGCGUAAUUAUUUGUUGACUAUAUAUACGCUAUAAAGUGGACCUGACUAGCGGUUUCUAAACAUUCUACCCUGUUAAUUGCGCUGAACUACCAACCAUUUCCUUGGACUUUCAAAAAGGUCUAUACGUGCAUCAAAAGAAAUGUAUUCCAAACAAAGUGUGUGGAAGUGGGCAGACUAUUUGAGCGCGCAUGCAGUUACUUGCCCUUUCAAAUAGUUGGUACUUUUGGGUUACGCGUCACUAAUGAGGACUCGCUGAUUUAUUCAAUCUAUUUAAGUAGAACCCGAACUAUUGUCAACUGGCUGUGGAAGCUCUAAUGUACUUAGCCAUCACAUAUACAGCAACUGCAUUGCUACGCAUAAACGGAAAGCCGAGCUUUCAUUUUGUUUCAAUGAACGAUGCUAUUAAGCGAAGGAUUCAAUUAUGAGGAACAGAAGGCGGUCACCUUCAUCCCAGCCAUGAGAAAGCCCAAAUGUCUGUUUCUUCUAUUGCCUUGCUUGGCCAUCGGCUCCUUCAUCCUCUACACCAGAUACUCUGGGCAGAAUUGGACUGAGCUGAACAUUGGGAUUAGGGGAUCAGCCAAAGAAUGUGGUAGUAUAUCUCGACAAGAGAUUAGAGCCAAUAGAACAGAAGCUCCUCCUCCUCCCCUUCCUGAUGUCAAUCCUAUACCAAGUGAUGAAGUCCUUGACCAAAUGUCUCACAAAGAAGUGCAAGACUUCUAUCAUAGAUACAUCAACAGCCCACAGGCUACAUGUUCUAGUGUGAUCCGAAUGGGUAAAGUAACUGAUGGAGGCUGGGAGCUGUGUGAUGAUCCACUCUACAAACCAAUCAAGGGGGAUUGUUUGGUCUACUCUUACGGUAUAAACUUUGAUUUCUCCUAUGACCAGGACAUGGUUUCCUAUGGUUGUGAUGUUCAUGCUUUUGAUCCAAGCAUGAAAACUGCACCCAAUGUUUACCAGGGUAACCUUUACUUCCAUGCCACUGGUGUUGCUGCAAAGAAUGGUACAGUGAACAACCCCACCACAGGAUGGUGGCAGCUGUACACUAUUGCUGAGCAUCGAAAGCAACACCAUCAUCUCCCAAACCAGAGACAACUUGAUAUUGUCAAGAUGGAUGUUGAAGGAUAUGAACACGAGUCUUUAAUGCUGGCCUUGGAUGAUGGUUCCCUUGAUGAUGUCCGACAGUUAGCCUUUGAAACACAUGUGACCUGGAGUGCUACAGACCCAUCAAAAGAAGAAUACAUUAAAUAUUUGGGUCUACUGAGAAAUGUUUACGACCACGGCUUUCGAAUAUAUCUAACUCACAGAAACUAUGUGUGGAGUGCAUUUGAGAGUGUGAUCAACAAAGGGAGGAAAUUCACCAAAUGUCACGAAAUUCACACAGUCAAUAUCAAACUUAAAAACACUCCGUCUCAGCCCCAGACACGCCCUGAGAGUCUCAGUUUUGCUAGUGAGGCUCAGAAACAAAAGGAGCACCAGCUACAGAUGAAAGUCAUUGAGUCUGAGUUAGUGGAAUACAAAAACUUGGGUUUGAGAUACUCACCACGAUAACUGUCCAUCUGGACCUGAUAAAAUUCAUGAUAUUUUGUGGAGGUAUCUUAUUUCAUCCAGUACUCGUACAAAGUUUGAAUGGCUUUAGAAGUGUCAUGGUUGUCUAAGAAUUACCAAGAAACCUUUUUAUGAAAUUCAUUUCAACUUGCUGCUGUUUGCAUUUUAUUUGUUGUAUGCACUCUGACUGAAAGAGAAGGGGAAGAAAUGUUUCUACAUAUGUUCUAAAAAAAACUAUUAGUAUAAAAAAAAAACUGCACCUUUAGGGGAUUCACUAAAUGAGAACACAUAUUUUGGUAGCAGUUACCUCUUUGGCACUUUUUUAUUUUUAUUCCUCAAAACAUGAAGAAAACUAAGGCUGUUAUUAGGCUGUGUUAAUCAUACACUGUUUUUUUUUCAGAACCCAUUGGUUUUUAUGUAAUGUUAGACAAAUAUAGGAAAGAAUAUUUCUAUGUUGUGUGUUAGUAAGUCUUAGUAUGUAAUGAUACAUAGAUUUUGUGUGUAAACCAUAUAUAAUGAUGCAUUAAUUUGUUGUGUGUAUGUAACACUUAGUGUACAUUGAUACUUAGAGAACUGAACUUCUUAUGUUUUAUUUUUUGAAUUGUUGUUUACAUUUUUAAAAAAUUCUUGUUUGUCUCAAAAGCAGUCAACUUUUUUUUUAUUAAAAGUUGAUUUGAUUUUGUUUUAAUUUCACCAAAGUGUCACUAUUAUACAAUACUAGUCGACCGGCGGCGUAGCAUACGCCGCUAUUUUGCAUGGCCGGUCUUAGGCCACUUCAACCUAUACGACCGCAGUGGGCCCCCACUUUCAAAGGAUCCGCACUUUCAUAGGACCCGCUCUUAUUCAAGGUGUUUAAAUUAAACCAUUUUAUAACUUAAAACAGAUUUCCCGCGCCCUCCUGUCGAUUUACCAGGAGCUCCUGGAAUUCUCCCGAAAUCGCAAAAUAUACGGAAAUAUAUACACAACAAUUGUCAUUUUGGGGUGUCAUUCAAUAUGGAAAACAAUUCUCAAAAGAUAGAUUGAAACAUUUGGUAAUUCUUACUAUUGAGCGUGAUCUUUUUAGGAAACAGAAUUAUUAUGAUAUACUGUAUGACUUUGCUACACUCUAGUCUCGUAAAGUAAUUCUGUACGUAGUAAAGAAUUAAUAAAAUGCAUAGGCGAAUCUUAAAUUUCACUUAUUAUCGGCUUCCCUACCCAAACUUGGCCCCGCGAAAUCCAUUUUGCAUAGGGCCUCACAAUGGUUAAGUCCAGCCCUGCUAUAUAUAUAUAUAUAUAUAUAUAUAUAUAUAUAUAUAUAUAUAUAUAUACAUAGUAGAUUACUUAGAUUAGUUCCUAGUCCAAACCUCCCGCAGGACAAAGGGGGGUGGGAGCGGGCAGGGUUUGAUAACUUUAAACGACAGUCAAGCUUGCGCAGCCAGCCAACCGUAGUGUGAAUACUACUCUUGUUUUCUUGUGGACUAUCUGCAGAAAUAAGAGAGUUAUCUUUCCUUACUUCUCGACCGAACUCUUGAGGGAAGAAGAGAAUUAUAUAUAUAUAGAUUCAAAAGUUUGGAUCAUAGACUUAUAUAUUAUAUCUAGACUGGAAACGGGAAAUAAAUUCUUAUCCGCGAUUGAUCGAUCGUGAAAAUGUUUUAGAAAGUUGGAUCAAGGCGUUGUUUUGUAAAGUAGUUAAAAGAAGUAAAGUUGCUGUUUUUUUUCAACCCUAACCUAUGUAACAUAUAAUUACUUUACAAAACAAUGCCUUGAUCCAACUUUCUAAAAAAAUUUCACUGCAUUUUUUGUUGUGUUAUAAAAUCUCCCUGCCCAGUCUAGAUAUAGUAUAUAUAAGUCUAUGGUUUGGAUAUUAUCUUUUCAGAAAGAUAUAACUUUUUUACUUUAAAAAAUAAAAAAAAAAAACAUCAUUAUUUCCAUUCUUAUACAAUUUACAGAUGAUCAAUGAAAAAGAAAAGAUUGAUCUAUUUGUUUGAUACUGUAUUUUAAGAAACCUAUAUAUUAUUUACACAUAGAGGCUUCUUGAUACAGGACAGCAUUUUCCUAAAAGUGAUUUGAAUCAGUAAGUGAUCACAGGUGAUCUUGGGUCAGUGUUUCUUGCUAAUAAGGGGCCCAAACAGGAUCUGUUGUUUUUUAAGACUAAAAAUCUUUUAUUUGUAGCUUUAUUUGUUUAUUAAUUCAGAUUUGAAAAUAAAUCAAGUAAAAAUGAAAUAAUAAGAAUUUUUAAACAAUUUAAAUAAUUAAAAUAAUUGAUAUUUCAUUGAAGUCGUCUGCAGUAAUGUGGAUUGAAGACAUUUUUUGUUGCCUUCUAGAGUUAGACUUUUGUUCUAUGAACAAUUCAACAACUUGUUUACUCAAUAGUGAGUUACAAAUGUUCAUUUGAAUAGAACUACCUAUCAGGGUAAGAACUUAGCUGUAUGUUUGAAGAAUCCAAAGUAGACUUUUCUUUUGUAAGUCCUAAAUAUUUUAGUCAAUAGUACUUUGAUUGAACACUUAUCUUAUUUCACUUAUGAUUAUCAUGUCUUGAUUUAUUAUUUUCAAUGUCUUCCUAGUUUUUUCAUUGUUAUUCUUUUUAAAUUGUACACAAAUGAUUAAUGAGUGUGUAUGAAAGGACAUAUUUGGAAGAGUUUGUAAAGGGAGAUCCUCUGUGAAUGAAUGCAAAGCUAUUAGUCUACAUUAACUUAAAGAGCAUAAUAGUAAUGUCCAUGUCUGCACUGUAGAUGUGGAAUGAUUACUUCCUGUUUUAUGUUAUGCUUUAACUUGAUGACAUUGCUGGCCUUAUUAACUAGCUGCUGACUUUGUAUGUUGGGUGUGUUUAUAACAAGGGAAGGGUACAAAUAAAAGUUAAAAAAGUGAAAUACUUCCAUAAAGAAUUAGUCUCUUGGAAAAAUACUCAAAGAAAUAGAUAUAACACACUGAGACUGAAUGUUGGACACACUGAGACUGAAUGUUGGACACACUGAGACUGAAUGUAAGACACACUGAGACUGAAUGUCUGUUAGACACACUGAGACUGUUGGACAAAAAGACUGAAUGUUAGACACACUGAGACUGUUGGACAAAAAGACUGAAUGUCUGUUAGACACACUGAGACUGAAUGUUAGACACACUGAGACUGUUGGACAAAAAGACUGAAUGUCUGUUAGACACACUGAGACUGAAUGUUAGACACACUGAGACUGUUGGACAAAAAGACUGAAUGUCUGUUAGACACACUGAGACUGUUGGACAAAAAGACUGAAUGUCUGUUAGACACACUGAGACUGUUGGACAAAAAGACUGAAUGUCUGUUAGACACACUGAGACUGUUGGACAAAAAGACUGAAUGUCUGUUAGACACACUGAGACUGUUGGACAAAAAGACUGAUUGUCUGUUAGACACACUGAGACUGUUGGACAAAAAGACUGAAUGUCUGUUAGACACACUGAGACUGUUGAACAAAAAGACUGAAUGUCUGUUAGACACACUGAGACUGUUGGACAAAAAGACUGAAUGUCUGUUAGACACACUGAGACUGUUGGACAAAAAGACUGAAUGUCUGUUAGACACACUGAGACUGAAUGGACAAAAAGACUGAAUGUCUGUUAGACACACUGAGACUGUUGGACAAAAAGAAUGUCUGUUAGACACACUGAGACUGUUGGACAAAAAGACUGAAUGUCUGUUAGACACACUGAGACUGUUGGACAAAAAGACUGAAUGUCUGUUAGACACACUGAGACUGUUGGACAAAAAGACUGAAUGUCUGUUAGACACACUGAGACUAUUGGACAAAAAGACUGAAUGUCUGUUAGACACACUGAGACUGUUGGACAAAAAGACUGAAUGUCUGUUAGACACACUGAGACUGUUGGACAAAAAGACUGAAUGUCUGGUAGACACACUGAGACUGUUGGACAAAAAGACUGAAUGUCUGUUAGACACACUGAGACUGUUGGACAAAAAGACUGAAUGUCUGUUAGACACACUGAGACUGUUGGACAAAAAGACUGAAUGUCUGUUAGACACAGAGACUGUUGGACAAAAAGACUGAAUGUCUGUUAGACACACUGAGACUAAAUGUCUUUGGCACACAUUUGAAUGUUGUCUUUUCAUGUUAAAAAUGAAAUUUCACCUCACACUCAAAGAAAGUUUGAAAUUUAAUUGCUGACAUUUUUUUUUCAGAAAUGUGUUUCAUAAAUAAUUGUUUUAAAUGACUUUUGAGUUCCAAAAGUACUCAAAGUUGGCACCAUAAUUAUGACACUAUUUUUUUGUAUGUAUGACUUUUGAUGUAUUUCUUUGUCUACUUUUGUUGCAUGAGCUCUCUUCUCUUCAACUCAUCAUGUCUCCAAGUCUGCCAGUAACCAGGGUAACGGGUUUAUUUUACAUCUUCACUUAUGGUCCCUAACUAGUAUAGUGUUCAGUCAUCAGUUUCCUUGUGAUGACCUUUAACUUCUUGCACACAUUAUGAUUGGAAGUUGGAUCUUUGCAUUUUACUUAUUGGUCUGUAUGAGAACUGUAUUUUUAUUGAUGGGUAUGGAUUGAAUGUGUUUUAAUGUUCACAUUAUUAAGUUAUAUGGAGAAUGGCAUUAUUUGUGUUUGUUGAAGCUUGGACAAGACUGAGUAUGGUUUUGUUCUAUUCUUGAUGCUGUAUAUGAAUAUUCACUAACUCAUGAUAUGAAGAAUGAAUUCAUCCAAAAAUAAAAAAUGUUUUCAUUGUCA